CAAUUUUCCACCAUUGACGAAAAACUUGAAGAAGCAUUACUGCUUUACCAUCUCCGUAGUUCUUCACUUUGUGUCCGAAAAAGGUUGAAGUUGCUGAAUUUUUUUAACAUUUGGAAUUUUCAUCAGUUAAAACCAUGGAAAAACCAUGUGAAGUAUGUGGGGAUACUGGCUGGGUACAUGCUAUAGUCAUAUGCACUAAAUGCAAAGUAACUCGUGAACAUCGGUAUUGCAUGAGAGUAAUGCUAGAACAUGAUCCAGAAAAUUGGGUCUGUGAAGAAUGUGUCUUCAAUCAUUUACAUUUAUCCAAAUUGGCUCAACGCAAGCAACCUAGUGGCUCAGGUAUGAGGUUUACACUUAGGAGACCCCCACAAGAUUCCAAGGUUCGGUAUAUAUCACCUGAAGAAGCAAUAGGCUUAAAAUCUGGAGAAUUGAGAAAUAACUCGUUUACACCAAGGAAUGCUCACAGAUCACCAGUUAGAAAUCCUUUAGCAUCUAACAUAGAGGCCAUUCCAUCUUCCUCUGCACCUUUUAGAUACAAAUUUAAACCAAAUCCUUCAGCUGUGCCUUUGGGAAGAAGGGAGCCCCUGAUUAACUCCAGCAGGCGUAGCUGUUUGAAGGAUAAGAAAUUGUCACCAUCCACAGAUGGACCUGUACAACAGCAUACUGAGGAAAACCUGACAGCCAAGUGUGUUACUUUUGGGAAUCUUCCCAAAUCUGGUGUGAGUACAGGAACUGAUUAUGAUACUGGGGCUCAACCCAAGCAUAUUGGUUCCAAGGGGAGGGAGUCUUCGAAAGUUACAAUGGUGUUCGAUAGGUACCUACCAAACCAUCCUGCAGUGUCUCCAACAUGGAAGGGAACUUUCAAAAUCACUGGAGAUGUGCAUUGGAGUUUCGUUGUUCAUGCACAUCCUCCGUGUAAAGUUCACAGAAAAGUCUACAUAUUGUCAAAACAACUACCCAAUGCGCUCCAGUUCAAAAUGCUGCCUCGACAGAAGUCUUGGCUGGACAUGUUCGAUGGCGAUGUUCCCAGUGAACUCGACAUUGGAUUGUACUUUUUCCCUUCUAUGACCUCUCACUUUGACGGAGGUGGUGAAUCACCAAGAGUAACAUAUGAUGAACAAAGUUGUUGCUCCCUUUUGGAGUACCUGGAUGAGCGCGACUUGCUCUUGGUAAGCUACAUUGGUGAAGUGGAGAUUUUCGUUCUCUCUUCAAAACAUCUGCAAGAGGCAUCUCAGAAAAUCAACAAAAAACGCUUUUUGUGGGGCCUCUUCCGCCCUUCUGAAGCAGCGUUAAGGGCAGUGGAUUCGAUGAGGGCACAUGCAGCACAAUGCUCUGUCUCCCAGCAAAACCGUUCUGAUCUGUUGCAACAGCGUCUUUUACUGGACGGUGAAUCGAUGGACAUGGAUGUUGACAUGCAAGGAGGACACAACGUCGGUUUUGUUGAUGUCGUUGUGGCGAAACCCAAUAGAGAGUUGAAUGGUAAAAUUGAAAAAACUUUACCUUUUACAACCUCUAUUCUACCCGAUUCGUUGGAAUUUGAAAAACAACUGCAAGAGAGGUUCGAAAAGUUCACUGCGUUUAUGAAAGCAGAAGAGGCAGCGAGAGAAUGUAUGAAAGUGAAAGUGAAAGAAGUGGAUGCCUAAGAGCUAUGCCACUCGAACAUAUGCUCGUGUGAUUACGAUUGCAACAUUAACAUCUGACUAAAUAGGUUAGUACUCGAAUGUACAGUCGUCCAAGUAACUUGUUAGAUGUCGUGCAUGUCGAUAUAGGACGGGAUUAGGUUUGAAUCGGAAUUGUGUAUAUUUUGUUACACUUUGUAUGUGCUCUGUAAUACUAAACCCUUGACUUUUGUUCCCUUCAACUGCUGGCCUGCUGCUGCCUUAUGUUGGCUUCGCAUCGACUUAGCAUAUUGGUCAAUGGUCAUAUUACUAUCGGAAAGGUUUACGUUGGGUAGUGUCAAAUUGUAAAAAUAUGAACCAUGCUCCCUCGUCCAUCAUAUUGAGUUUGUUGCCGUGACAUUACACUCUCACUAGAACAUUAUGAGGCAAACUCAUGGGAUAGAGGAGUGUCCUUCAAAGUUUUGAGAAGUUACGAUUCGU